AUAUGUAUAUAUAUAUACACACACGUAUACAUAUAUACGUGUACACACACAUCGGGCCUAGGUCAUCCUUCUGCCCAGUCUUGCCCAGUCCUGCCAAGGCCUACCCGCUUCCGCCGGAAGUCCCCCGGCCUGUCAUCUUUUAGGCCUCUUCCCUCAGGCCCUGGUCUUCUCCCCGACUCAUUCUUUGUUGUUUUACAGCCCGUGCCGGUCCUGAGCCCCCAGAGAUGUUCCACGGCAUCCCGGCCCCCGCGGGGACGGCAGCUCCUGGGAACAAGCCGGAACUGUACGAGGAGGUGAAGCUAUACAAGACCGCCCGCGAGCGUGAGAAGUACGACAACAUGGCAGAACUGUUUGCGGUGGUGAAGACUCUUCAGGCCCUGGAAAAAGCUUACAUCAAGGACUGUGUCACCCCCAAAGAGUACACCGCGGCCUGCUCCCGGCUCCUGGUCCAAUACAAAGCCGCCUUCAAACAGGUUCAGGGCUCCGAGAUCGGCUCCAUUGACGAGUUCUGCCGCAAGUUCCGGCUGGACUGUCCGUUGGCCAUGGAGCGGAUCAAGGAGGACAGACCCAUCACCAUCAAAGACGACAAGGGCAACCUGAACCGCUGCAUCGCUGACAUCGUCUCGCUCUUCAUCACCGUGAUGGACAAGCUGCGGCUGGAAAUCCGCGCCAUGGACGAGAUUCAACCGGAUCUGCGGGAGCUGAUGGAGACGAUGAACCGCAUGAGCCACCUGCCCACCGACUUUGAAGGGCGGCAGAAAGUCAACCAGUGGCUGCAAACCCUGAGCGCCAUGUCGGCCGCGGAUGAGCUGGACGACUCGCAGGUGCGGCAGAUGCUCUUCGACCUAGAGUCGGCCUACAACGCCUUCAAUCGCUUCCUCCACUCCUGAGCGUCCCCCUCCUCCUCCGCUCCCCAAGACCCAGGACGAAGGCCUCCUCCUCCCCCCCACCCCGCCACCCCCCAACUCUUCUGUCUCUGGACAGCUGCGGGCCGAGGGGACGGACGAGGGGACGCCACCUCCCAGAAAGGAGGAGGGGGGAGAUCCCUGGCGGACGGACGUCCCCAACCAGAGUCUCUACUUACAGGGGCCUCCCAUCCCACCUGCCCCAGCCUCUGCACUGUCACUACUUUAACUCCCUGGAGGCUGCCAAACUCUAGUCCCUCCUAUCCCCCCCAUAGGUGGAAUAAAAGCAAAGCCUCUGUGUCGAAGCUGUCCCCUCUUCCCCCACCCUUAAUCAGACUCCUCCCCUCCCGCCCCACCCAUAUGCCUUUGUGGGGGCUGGAAGAGAGAAGGAUGAGCUGGGCUGAAGUGGCAGUAGCAAUAUCCCCCUGGAUUGGGGAGGCCAAACCCUGGGUUACAGUUAGGGCCCAGGCCUGCUUUCCACAAGACAUAGGACGGGGAGAGACUGAGUCCCGCGCUGCUGAGAGGGAUGUCCAAGUGGGCCUGGUGACAGAUUGGGAGGGCUCGGCCCAGAGGACGGAAGGCCCGCGGGGAACUGAGUCAAGGUCUCCAACUAUAUAAAGGAUUAUUGUCGGGACGCCUCUCACCGGUUAUUUCCUCCGCCCACUGCAAGCAGACCACGGGGAGCAAGCUUAAAUUUCAACAGGAGAGAUUGUGGAUGGAACUAAGGAAGACCACCUUGGCUGUGGGGCCCACUGAAAAGUGGAAAGGGAGUUCUGUGGAAUUGCGAAGAUUGUAAAGAAAAGAGCGGGCCCCUGUCAGCCCCGGAUGGGCCCGUCGUUCUUGGGCACUGACCCAGGGGGAUGGACUGGUUGGCCCCUCGCGGCUUCCCUCGGUCUUGGGGGUGGCCCAACCCAUCUCCACUGGCCAACACUCAACAUCCCUGGGGUCACCACUUCUCGCUUGUCUCCAAUGCCUUGGGCCGCCUUGCCACCCGGUCGGCAUCUGACAAAGCAGCUGGCCGUCCCCGGGGUUGGUCGUGGUUCUGCUGUGUGGAGAUAAUCGCACAGAGGAGGGGAGGGUGUGAUCUCGCAGGGCCUUCCCCCGUUCUUGGCCAUUCUCAAUCAACCAAUGGUAUCUGUUGAGUGCUUAGUACGUGCAGAGCACUGGACUACGCACUUAGGAAAGCACAAAGAGUUGGUAGAGGCUCCUGCCCACAAGGAUUAGCGGCGGGGAGGACAACAGGGAAAUAAAUUGCACAGGUUAUGUAUGGAA